UUUAUUUUGGAGUAGAAACAGAAAAUGCUACAACCUGAUGUUUUGAGUGAAGGAAAAGAUGAGACUGGACCGUCUGUUGAGGCCGAAAAUCCAGAGGACAGAAUCCAGGCUCGCCGAAACCGCACUGCUGCGCGAGUCCAGGCCAAGAAACGACAAGAGCUUGGAGAUGACUUCCAGAAGAAGGAGGAAGCUAAAGAGGACGCUGAGCCAAGUCAGACACAAAUGGAACAAAGUGAAAGACACAUGACUAAAUUAAAAGCAGAUGGCACAGAACUGGUGACUAACAUUUUGGUGGCGGCUGAUGCCAGGGAGUCGAAAAGGAGAGAAGAACUAAGAGAGGCAAACAGACUAAGAUUGGAGAAACUGGAAAACGCGGCCAAGUCCAGCACAGAGAAGUUCAAUGAGAUUAUGAACAAGUGGACUGAGGCCAAGACAAAGGCGAUCCAUCAGGAACUGAGAGACGAUCUGAGAAAACAGCAACAGCUCUGUUGGCAGAUCAUUGAGGACAAGAACAAGCUCAUUAGUGAAUUGCAGCAGGAGCUAAAAGGAAGAGAUGAUCGUUUUGUGAAAGAUCGCAAAAGGGAGGCAGAAGAAGUGGAUCUUCUAAUUGACAGAAUGCAGGAGCAGAUAUCAAGUCUGAAGAAAGGCUAUAGAAAAGAGCUGGACAUAAUUGAGAGCUCAUUCAGUGAUGAGUGGAGGGAUUCGCUUACAGCCAGCAAGAACAAAUGGGAGCAGCAGAGGAGGGAACGAAGUGAUAAAGAACUGGAGUACUUGCUAAAGAGGAUGAAGAUGGUGGAGGAGCAUGAGGCCCUGCUGAAUCGUCUGAGAGUGGAGAGUGCAGAGGAGUACAAGAAGAUUAAAAUCAAAUUAGAGACUGAUGUACAGCGCCUAGAGCAAGACCUGCAGGAAAGGAAGGCUAUCUACCAGCUGAAUCAGGAGAAGCUCGAGUACAAUGUACAAAUGCUGAAGAAAUAUGAGGAAGAGUAUGCUGUCAAUAAAGCUCAUCAGUUAAGGAAGAUCACUAGACUGCAGGAUACACGCAACAAUCUGAAGAAAAAAUGCUCCAUUCAGGAAAAGCAGUCCUGUGAGGAGAUCCAGUCAUUGACUAAUAAGUACAAGCGCCUCAUGCAGCAGUACAAAGAUAUUCAGAAGAGGAUAAGGCAUUUUGCGGUGGUUGAUGCCAAGCGUUACGAGGAAGUUUGGCUGAUGAAUGAAGAUGAGGCCAAAGCACUGGUGCACAGGGCUGUGGAUUUGGACCGGGUUAUUCACGAUCAGAUAUUGGGCCUGACCUGGAGUCCCUCUCCACUACCCUUCAUGGACCAUUCCAGCCCCAGUCAGCCCCAGCGUACAGCACGGCAAGUGGUCGCACAAGUUCUGGGAGAGGAGGACGAGACACGGGAUCAGACAGAGCGAGAGAGAAGAACACUGGAGGACUCUGGCAGUCUGGAGAGCAGCAUGGCCGGGGUGGAUCGUAAAACAGUAAAGAGGCUGCUGGAGCUUCUGUGUGAUGAGAUGGGCUUUCUAAUAGACAGCAAGUUACUCAAGCUGUUCUCUUCCAUGGAGAAGAAUGAACAGACUUCUUUGAAGCUGGAUUCCAUCUUUUGUGCCAUGGGCAUUGAGAAUGAAGAGGAUAUAAACAAAAUGACCAAGUUCUUUCUGAAAUAUAAAAAGCCCCAAACAGAGAAGGAGAACAUGUCUUUGAGUAACCAGGCAGAGAACGAGUCCAAUUUUAUUGACCCAAAUGAUCUACUGAGCGCUCUCCGAGCCUUCACUACCCAGUACUGCAGAGACAGAGAAAUACCUCGACAUAAGGGCAGUGCUCUCAUGCUGGAGAGAAUGAACGACUCUGAAGUGGAAGCAUACUGGGAGAACAUUGCUAACGUCAUCCCUGAGCCCAAACUCAAAGUUUGGAGAGCACUAGAGGCAGGGCUCAAGAAGUACCAUACUGAACUGACUAAAAGAUCCAAGCUUCUGACUGAAACACAGCAACUCAAACAACAAAACUCAGAACUCCGCAUGCUGCUGUACAAAUAUCAAAAUGCAAAGGUCAAUGCUGAACUGAUGAUCCCACCUACCCAGAUGAUGCAGUGAUCAGAUUACUUCUGCUCUGAUGAUGGACAGGCAAUCAAUGAACUUUUUAUAUUAUAAAUACAAUAUAUACACAGUAAUUUUAAAUACUUAAAUUUUAAAUAUUGUUUUCUCAUCAAAACCAGACUAUAAAAUGUUAUUGGGUGUGCAACAUUUAUUAAUUUACGUAUGGAUGCAUUUACUUUUACUUAUUCAUCGUACAAUCAGUAGAACUUACCAUCAACUAACCAGUGACAAAAUACUGAGUAAGAAUGAAAGAAAAUCGGUCGGUCCAUACUCUGAGGUCACGUGAAUCUGUCCUUCCUGUCAUUUCUAAAUACUGUAAUAGUUCCUCGUGUGGCAGGUCUUUGCGUCAUGGCUCCCAAAACAAUUAUUUCCCCAGCAUCUUUGUGACAUUCACCUCUCUAUCCUUCAUUUCUCCAAAAAGAGGGGGGCGCGGCUGGACAGACAUUUGUCUUCUCCCCGUGUCAUUACUACAUCCUGUGUGUCUGACCUCUUUUUUCAGCGUUUUAUCAUACGCUAUGGUGAUCCAGCCACUUAUCUGUUUUCAUGUCAUAUGUCUUCAGAUCCCUACAAUAAAGAAGGCUUCUGUUUUAUCUUUAGUUAAAACUAUUAAUCCAUAAUCACAACCGUAUAAGCUGUUUAUGACUAAUCAUUUUGACGGAAUAAUCACCAUGAUGUUUAUUAUAUUUUCUGGACAAGAACCAUCAUUUUGGGACAAAUAAUAAAAUACUCGAUAGAGGUUUUACAUUUCUCAUGUUAAUUCCAUUUACGGGGCGGCACGGUGGUGUAGUGGUUAGCACUGUCGCCUCACAGCAAGAAGGUCCGGGUUCGAGCCCUGUGGCCGGCGAGGGCCUUUCUGUGCGGAGUUUGCAUGUUCUCCCCGUGUCCGCGUGGGUUUCCUCCGGGUGCUCCGGUUUCCCCCACAGUCCAAAGACAUGCAGGUUAGGUUAACUGGUGGCUCUAAAUUGACCGUAGGUGUGAAUGUGAGUGUGAAUGGUUGUUGUCUGUGUCUAUGUGUCAGCCCUGUGAUGACCUGGCGACUUGUCCAGGGUGUACCCCGCCUUUCGCCCGUAGUCAGCUGGGAUAGGCUCCAGCUUACCUGCGACCCUGUAGAACAGGAUAAAGCAGCUACAGAUAAUGAGAUGAGAAUUCCAUUUACCUUCAGUAACCACUUCAUUUAAACCACAUUUACUCUCCAUUCUGAUGUUUGAUGUGAACCUUAAGCUCUUGACUUGUAUCUGCAUGGUACCCUGUAUUGCACUCCUGCCACAUGAUUUGAUAAUUGCAAGAAUGAGCAGAUGUACCAAUUAAAGUGGCCACUCC